AGCCCCUGAGCUCUGGCAGCUUGGCAGGCAACAAAGAGAUAAAUUGUCUGCUUUUCCAACCCCAUUCAAGGGAAUAAGGAUUCUUGAUUAAGCAACCCCUGAACGUCUAUUUUAGUAGGCAGCGAGGAUGAAAACAUAGGUUAUCGGGUCAGGUAGACUCUGGUUUGCUUAUCGGGACCAGAGGCUGCCAAUGAAAUUGCCUUUGCUCUUCUUAGUGAGGGUCACUGAUAGGCAGCUGGCUAGAAGCAGGUCUGGAGUGGCAUACCCAUGGCGGUCCCGUCCCAGUGGGGGAGGCUGCUUUGUUGGGCCGCUUUAGGAUGCUCAAGCCUGUGGUGGCCCCCGGUGGCCAAGGCACAAUUCCCACGAGUAUGUAUGACCGUGGAGAUGCUGAAAGCCAAGGUGUGCUGCCCACCUUGGGGCCCCGAUCCAAACAACACGUGUGGUUGGCAGCAAGGUCGGGGGGUCUGCAGAGAGGUUCAAGUGGACACGAGACCCUGGAGCGGUCCCUACAACCUCCGCAAUGUGGAUGACCGGGAACGAUGGCCCCUGAAGUUCUUCAAUAGAAGUUGCCAGUGCACAGGAAACUUUGCUGGAUACAACUGUGGGGACUGCAAAUUUGGCUGGACUGGCCUCAACUGUGAUGUGAAGAAGCCUGUGGUUGUUCGGAGAAACAUCCAUGCACUGAGUGAAGAAGAGCUGGAACAAUUCUUGGACGCUCUAAACCGCUCAAAGACAACCAUCCACCCGGACUACGUCAUUGCUACCCAGCACUGGCUGAGCCUGCUUGGCCCCAGUGGAAAUGACCCACAAAUUGUAAACUGCAGCAUCUAUGACUUCUUUGUGUGGCUUCAUUAUUACUCGGUCAGAGACACUCUAUUAGGACCUGGCCGCCCCUUUACAGCAAUAGACUUCUCACACCAAGGACCAGCCUUUGUUUCUUGGCACAGGUAUCACUUGCUGCUCCUGGAAAGAGAUCUGCAGCGGAUGAUUGGCAAUGAGUCCUUUGCACUUCCAUACUGGAAUUUUUCAACAGGAAGAAAUGAGUGUGAUGUGUGUACUGAUCGACUCCUUGGAGCAUCAAGACCAGAAGAUCCAAAUCUCAUCAGUCAGAAUUCAAGAUUUUCACGUUGGGAAAUAAUAUGCAAUAGCCUGGAUGAUUAUAACCGUCUGGUGACACUGUGUAAUGGAUCCAGAGAAGGGCCCCUGCGGAGGAACCCAUUCAGCAAUAGUGACGAUCGGCUUCCGACUAUGGAAGACGUUCGGAACUGUCUCUCACUUCAAGACUUUGAUAAGCCUCCUUUCUUUCGGAAUUCCAGUUUCAGCUUCAGGAAUGCUUUGGAAGGGUUUGAUAAACCAGACGGAACUUUUGGCGUGCCAGUAGUGAGCCUUCACAACUUGGUUCAUGGUGUUUUGAACGGGACCAGUGCAUUCCCUCAUGCUGCUGCUAACGAUCCUGUCUUUGUGGUGCUUCAUUCUUUUACUGAUGCUAUUUUUGAUGAGUGGAUGAAACGGUUUCACCCUUCUGACAGCGCAUGGCCUCAGGAGCUGGCGCCGAUUGGCCACAACAGGAUGUACAACAUGGUUCCUUUCUUCCCUCCUGUGACCAACCAAGAACUGUUUCAAACUGCAGAAGAACUUGGGUAUCGCUAUUCCAUUGAGCUGCCAGACCCAUUGCAGGAAGCCAACGCUUGGGCUGUGAUGGUCGGAUCCACCAUUGGAGGGGCCCUGAUGGCUCUGCUGGUGCUCGUGGCUCUACUUGUUGUCUUCCAGCACAGGAGGCACAGGAAGGGAUUCGAGCCCCUGAUGAAUGCCAGAUUCAGCCCUAAGAAAUACACCGAAGAAGCCUGAAGGGGUGUUGCUGUGUUUGGCCCUACAACCCGUUCUCAAGUCAUUAACUGGAGUGACCCUGAUGGCUUGUUGAGAGCUUGGCAAAUAGCAGUGCCUGGGGUAGUACAAAUCCUUCCACUGAGUACCCAUUUCUUUAUGUUUGGAGUUACGUCUUUUCAGAAGAGCAAUUGGGGUAGACUUGGAUCUCUAGCCCAUAAACCACAGCCUCUCCAUUCCCCCCCCCCCUUUGCCUCAGGUUGCACAUAUACAUACACGCAUAGAGGUGAGAGUUGAUGUAUAUGUUCAAACAUAGCAGACUCAGAGCUUGUUGGAAUUGCACAACUUCUGGGUUCUGAAGGUGAGUAAAUCCUACCCUUGAACAUCUAAUAAACAGCUUUGCACUUAGAAAAGUAGCUCAUCAGGAGUUCUGCCUGACAUCCUGCUUUUCCAGGUACAGGGAAAACAAAAACAAAAAAAUCCCACCUCUACAAUUUGAAUUGUGGUAUGCGCUUGGAUCCAAAGGACCACCAAAGGAGGGAAGCUGUAGUAUGGGAGAGACUCCUUGCCUCCCUGUCCUGUGCUGAUUCUUUUGAAAUUAUGCCCUCGAGGGUCAAGGCAACUUCAGAAGCAGCAAAUGGGAGAUCAAAGUGAGGGUUCACAAUGGGAGGGGCAAUCGGUGAAAAAUGGUUUCUUCUAGCAGCUGGUAUUUUGUUGCCUUUAGCUUCAACCCCUGGUUCUCCUAAAACUCAUGCCAUGUGAUUAUUCUGACAGCAAAGUUCAGUUUUAAGGGCCUAACUAGGCGUUAUGUACAUGAAAUCUUAAAAAAAAAUUUCCUUCUUUCAAGAGAAAGUGUUUUGCAGUAUGAAAUGAUUGGAGUAGGGAGGGCAGGCGAGGAAAUGCUUUGCCUUUUGACCACCCACUAAAUCCUCCCCCCCCCCCCGGCCCCCUGCUUUUCCCUCCAUGGGUUCCAGGCACGUGCUUCUGAAGAGAGCAUAGACAGGAGAGGCAGGGAGCAGACUGACAGGAAGCAGGUUCUGCUCCCUUCUCCUCUGCUAUGAAUCCCCAUCUUUUGAGGCUGUUUUCCAUGAACAGAAGCCCAUGCACCUCUGUGACAUGUGUUUGCAUGUGGCUGGUCGCUAAGAGGCAUUUUGGCAGCUUGCAUGCUGUGCCACAAAUCAAAACAGCAGAUUAAGGCUGUAAUGCAAAGGGGGGGGGGGAUUUCUGAAGCCACAUUGGAAGCAACAGGAAGCCAGCGCCAGUACCACCAGUACCAUGCAAAGUGUCACAGAUGCUGGCGCAGGGGGCAGGGCACCAGGCACCUCCACAGCACAGGGACCCGGUUGUUUUCCUCUAUGCUGUCCCUCCUGAACCACAGGCAACUGCACUGCAGCGCGGGGGGGGGGGGGGGUUCCUGGGACAGAGCUAACUUUAGUCAGUUCUCAAAAGACUUUCAGCCCGGGAAUCCUUCCUUAUUCCUCCCAAAAGAAUGUCAUAAGUCUUGUUGCCCAUGGCCUUUGCUGGGGGAGAAUGAAAGUUCUCUUUCUCCCCCAGUGCCCAAGCAGGCUGUUGCCUCUUCGGAGGCAGAGAAAUGGCAGCGUCCCCUCCCACUGCUCUAAUGACCCUUCCCUUUGGAUUGACCUGUAAAUUUUGAAUGUGGGAGGGAAAAAUACAGAGUUAUAAUUCGUGUUUAAUGAAGCUCCCCAGAGGGUCUUGGAAAAGGCACAGUCACACCCCCGAACUACCCCACAAGCUGGUUGGGAAGGUAACAAAAGGCCUUUCUCAGAAGGACAGAUUUAAAAUGUAAUAAAUAAUUAGUGCUACUUUAAAA